UUAUGGCGUGUGAAGAUCAGUUGACAAAAAUAAAGAGAAAUCUGACAAGGUGGCAGCUGGUUGACCACUUGGAGAGACUGUAUAUAUACUCCUUCAAAACCUCAAGUGGAUAAGAAGAUUAAGUGAUCUGAAGACAAUAAUCAUGAGAUCCAUUGUUUUGAUUGCAGUUCUGGCUGCAGCCGUGAAUGCUGCUGUUGGGUGCUCCGUUACUUCAAAGUUUUGCACUGCUUUGUGCGACACCGCCAUUGAUGCUUGCCCAAUCAGUUUCCUGUGUAAUUCAGCCUACGACGCCUGCAUAGAUGUGUGCGACGACAACUGCCCUUGCGUCAAGCCGUGUGCAACUGAAUGCGAUGCUGCCCUCGAGACCUGCAAAACCAGGGAUGACGAUACCUUGUCCACCGCCGUGUGCACUGUGACCUGGACUCGCUGUCUAGCGAAGUGUGAGAUUGAUUGUCUGGUGUCCAGUGUACCAGGAUGGGUGAAGAAGUCGCUUUCAAAACUGCAGUCGCUGGGUUAAACUUGACCUAUUUAGAUGGUUUUAAUUAAACAUCAAACAUUAAAUGUAUUAUUUAAAAAUGCAAAUUCUACAAACUUAAGUUUUCACUUUAUUUCAAAAGUACAUUUAAGGGAGAUAAAUAUAUU